CAAACCGUUUAUAUGAUGUCACCUCAAAAGGGAAUUCUCGCUCUGUCAGUCAGUCCCCUAUAAAACCGGCAGUUAUCUUCAAUGCUGGAGUCACUGAGAGCACAGCCGCUGCUAUCAGACAUAGGACAUCUCGAAAACUAUCUUUUCUGCCGACAUGUCUUCAUACGCGUCUUCAGACUCGCGUCGCGUCAGUCCCGCAGUGAGCGGCGUCAAAUUCGACACGGCGCACCGCAAGAAAGCGUCGCCGAACAUCUUUGAGAACAUCAACCAGGAUGUGCUGGUGAAACUCUUCGAGAAAGCAGGAGACCUGAAGGCGGUGGAGAGAGCCAGGAGCAUCCACGCGCUGUACCAGGAUCCCGAGGGCAUCUCCAAAGCACUUAUGGCUCUUCAGCAGGACAAGAAGGACAAAUUUAUGCUUAUUACUGGACUGACGCGCCAGUCGACGAAGUUUCGUUGAGGGAAGUUUUCGUCGGGAAGCUGUGCAGAUAUGUGCACAGAUAAAAAGACCGUGAUCACUCGGCACAUGUUGGAGGCUGGUGUUCUUCAAGACUUCGUGCUGAACUUGAUGGCGUCCUACCAGAGUCGUGUUGGUGUGCUGUGAAAAUAGAGAACUGAUCCAGUGACUGAAAUGAUCCAGACCAACGAAGGUUGAGCUUGAAGACACCUGAGUAUUGAUGCUUCUUGUGUUGACACACCAUGCAGGACAUUUGAAAUAUGAUGCCACGGGCGAAAUUUGAUUAUGAAGAGGCUCAGUAUCAGCAGUGUCUAUUGCAAUGUAACAGUCUACUUGGGAAAAAAAAAAAUGAAUAAAAUUGUUUUGAUAAUCUAA